GGCGCCGCCUGCGGGCGGCCGGCUGCAGCGCAGCCCAUGGAGCGGGUGAGCGAGGCCGCCGCCUGCGGCCCCUCGGCGGGCUGCUACACGUACCAGGUGAGCCGGCACAGCGCCGACAUGCUGCACAGCCUCAACCAGCAGCGCAAGAACGGCGGCCGCUUCUGCGACGUGCUGCUGCGGGUGGGCGACGAGAGCUUCCCCGCGCACCGCGCCGUGCUGGCCGCCUGCAGCGAGUACUUCGAGUCCGUGUUCAGCGCGCAGCUGGCCGACGGCGCGGGGGGCACGGACGGGGGCGCCGGCGAGGCGGGGGCCGGGGCCUCGGCCGGGGCGGGCGCGGGGGUCGGGGCCGGGCCGGGGGCAGGCGGCGGCAGCGGCGGGCGGGAGCUGGAGAUGCACACCAUCAGCUCCAAGGUGUUUGGGGACAUCCUGGACUUCGCCUACACCUCGCGCAUUGUGGUGCGGCUGGAGAGCUUCCCCGAGCUCAUGACGGCAGCCAAGUUCCUGCUCAUGCGCUCGGUCAUCGACAUCUGCCAGGAGGUCAUCAAGCAGUCCAACGUGCAGAUCCUCGUGCCCCCCACGCGCCCCGACAUCAUGCUCUUCCGCCCCGGCGCCGCCGACCUGGGCUUCCCACUCGACAUGACCAAUGGUGCCAGCCUGGCGCCCAACGGCAACGGCAUCGCCGGCAUGCCCGAGGAUGAGGCCACCCGCGCCGCCCUCAGUGCCGCGCAGUCCUCCUUGCCUGUGCUGCAGGGCGUGGACCGCCUGCCCAUGGUGGCAGGGCCCCUCUCGCCCCCGCUGCUGGCCUCGCCCUUCCAGAACGUGGGCACCAGCGCCCCCCCUCUGGGCACCAAGAGGGGCCGGGGGCGGCCCCGCAAGGCCAACCUCUUGGACUCCAUGAUGUUUGGCACUCCCGGAGGCCUGCGCGAGGCGGGCAUCCUGCCCUGCGGCCUGUGCGGGAAGGUGUUCACCGAUGCCAACCGCCUCCGGCAGCAUGAGGCUCAGCACGGGGUGACCAGCCUACAGCUGGGUUACAUAGACAUCCCGCCACCCAGGCUGGGCGAGAACGGGGUGCCUGGUCAGGAUGACCCCGACGCCCCCCGAAAGAGGAGCAGGACGAGGAAACAGGUGGCCUGUGAGAUCUGUGGCAAGAUCUUUCGGGACGUGUACCAUCUGAACCGGCACAAGCUGUCGCACUCCGGCGAGAAGCCCUACUCAUGCCCGGUGUGCGGGUUGCGGUUCAAGCGCAAGGACAGGAUGUCCUACCACGUGCGGUCCCACGAUGGCUCCGUGGGGAAGCCAUACAUCUGCCAGAGCUGUGGGAAGGGCUUUUCCAGGCCAGACCACUUGAAUGGGCACAUCAAACAGGUGCACACGUCGGAGAGACCUCACAAGUGUCAGUUACUAAGUGUGGCUACCGAGGAGGAAAAUAACUUAAUGUUGCAGGAAAAUGGCAGCCACCAUGGAAUAAGCUCAGAGACAUCCACAGCCAUAGAAAAGUUGAACCUUCAAGAGACCUGUAAUGCUUCUUUUGCCACCCGUGACAGACUGCGCUCACACCUAGCAUGUCAUGAGGACAAAGUUCCAUGCCAGGUGUGUGGGAAGUACUUGCGGGCAGCAUACAUGGCAGAUCAUUUGAAGAAACACAGCGAAGGACCAAGCAACUUCUGCACUAUCUGCAACCGAGGUUUCUCCUCUGCCUCCUACUUAAAGGUCCAUGUUAAAACCCACCACGGUGUUCCCCUUCCCCAGGUCUCCAGGCACCAGGAGUCCAUCCCGAAUGGGGGAGCAGCGUUCCACUGCGUCAGGACCUAUGGCAUCAAAGAAGGCCAGAAAUGCUCACAUUCGGACCCGAUUGAGAGUUCUGAUUCCUAUGGAGACCUCUCUGACACCAGUGACCUCAAGACUCCAGAGAAACAGAGCACGAAUGGGUCCUUCUCCUGCGACAUGACAGUCACCAAAAACAAAAUGGAGACAGAGGGAGAGAAGAAAUACCCUUGCCCUGAAUGUGGCAGCUUUUUCAGAUCCAAGUCUUAUCUGAACAAACAUAUACAGAAAGUUCACGUCCGGGCUAUUGGGGGCCCAUUGGGGGACCUGGGCCCUGCUCUAGGGUCCCCCUUUUCACCCCAACAGAACAUGUCUCUCCUGGAGUCAUUUGGGUUUCAGAUUGUCCAGUCAGCAUUUGCAUCGUCCCUAGUGGAUCCAGAGGUCGACCAGCAACCAAUGGGGCCUGAGGGAAAAUGAAAUGAGCUUAACCUUAACUAAGCAAAGCAGCAGUCUGGUCAUUAACUACAAAAUGCUGUGAAUGAGAGGAGUAAUGAAAUUUGGUUCUGUAGCUGAGAAAUGUUUAUUCAUUUUUAGCUCCCUUCCCUGUAUUACACCUGGUCCCACCUUUAAACCGUUUUUAGGGAGGGGAAAGGCUUUCCAGCCGAUGACUUGCAGAAAUCUACAUGACCCUAAAUGGGAGACAUGAUCUAAAAUACCACAUAGAGCUCAAGAUGCUUUUUCCAGAGCUCCAAGAUUAGUCUUCUAGAAUAAAAGCUGCGCAUACUGGUCUGAGAGGUGCGGGCAACCCUAGUGACCCGUACAUCUGGAAAACUAGGGCUUUUUAUGCCUUUGUCCCCUCCCUCCCUGUUUUCCCCUCCUGCCCUUCCCAACCUACCCCCAAAAAAGCAGUAAGUUUAACACGCGUACCCAUUACUGAUUGCGUAUAACACAAACGCAAGCCCGGGGUACCAAGCAAGCUGCAGUGCAGUUGUCCUUUUAAAAACAUUAAGAUUUUUUUAAGAAGGCAAAAGAAUUUGGUCCCCUUCUGCCAUUUGUGAGGCUGCGAGUGCUGCAGCAGGACUGAACUGCUGAAGAAAAAGAACCAUCACCCAAAACAGGUUGUUUUUGUUACUUUUAACCAUUAAACUUGCUGUCGGGUUUUUAAUUCUCCAUUAUUAUUAUUAUUAUUAUUAUUUUUAGGACCUGUUGUAAUGAAUUGCUACUGAAAAGCCAGUCCAAGGCGUUAUACAGAGCACUCUUAAAGCAGCAGUCACAUUAGGGUUAGUAUUCAUUUUUUAGAUGUAUCAUAAUUAAUAACUUGGCUAGUUGAUUGUUUUAAGUCUAUGGAAGAAAUAGUUUUAUGCAAAAAAGAAAAGAAAAAGAAAGGAAAUAACCUUGCAGUCUGGUUGACUGGUGCUUGUUUUAUGCGUGGGACCUAGAAAAUGAAUGUGGUCAGCAAGCGGGUGAACUAUGUACCACUGACUUGUUUAGUGUGAAUAAACCCAGGGUUCACAGAGUGAUUUUUGGAUUAAUCGGAUUGGACUGUAUUAAAGAAGUUAGUAUGUUACUUUA